GCACAGCUCUAAUGAUAAUAGAAGCAACUACAACAAUAUGAUUGUUGUUCAAAUCCGAAAAACAUACGUUCCUUAAAUAUUAUUCACGGCUAUUUUAAACCCUAAAGACAGCAUUUAAUGUAAAGAUGACAACUGACGAGAGUAUUAUGACAGAGAUGUUGGAUCGUGCAACGAAUCCAACAAAAGAUCGUGUCGAUGAACUCGGCGUACAAAUGUUUUGCAUUGUUGUGCGCAGCAAUAGUCAACUGGUGCACAAGGCUCAGUCCAUGAUUGUUGCUAAGGUGCAUUCGAGCAAUAUAAAGGAGGCGACGCGAGCAAUUGCGCUGUUGGAGGAAUGCAUGACACAGUGCGGCGAUGUGUUCCAGGAGGAGGCGGCGAAAUUUCGUUUUCUAAAUGAGCUAAUCCGGUUGGUGUCCAAGAAAUACGAUGGAGCUGAGACGCCGCUUGUGGUGAAGCAGCGGAUCAUGGAAUGCUUGCUGCUGUGGACGACCGAGUUUCCGCAACGCCAAAAGAUCCGUGAUGCAUACGAAAUGCUGCGCAAGGAGGGCGAAAUCGAUCACGGCCAAACGGCCGCUGCGUUGGCCAAACGUGAGAGCGUGCUCAGCACCAUUGAUGAGGCCAUGUUUGUCAAGCUGAUCAAGAGCAAGGAUCCGGAGAACUUGAAGCGUGCCAAUCUCUUGGUGCAAUAUCGCAUAGCGCAGGAGGCGCGUCGCAACGAUCUGCUGGCACAACAUCGGCUAGUUCUGGUCGAGGUGCAAGAGACGAUGCAGCUGCUCAAUCAAAUGCUAGACAGCUACAAUCCCGACGAUUGUGAUGUCAAUGAGACCAUACACGAGCUCUACCGAAACUGCAAGAAGCAUAAGCCCAUCUUUCAGCAUUUGCCCGAGCUGUUGGGCGACACGGAUACACAGCUAAUAGAAGACACGCUGGUGACCAAUGAGGCCUUGGUGGCGACUAUGGCACGCUUCAAGCAGCUGGUGUCGUCUCCAGCCAAGAGUGCAGCUUCGGCUACGACUCUGGCCAAUCAACCUGCAGCUACUACUGCCACAGCUAGUGCCUCUAAAGCAGCAGGAGCAGCAGCAACGACAGCACCUCACGCCAGCAAUGCAACAUUGAUCAACGAACUUUUAGGUGACCUGCUGCUGGAUGGUGCAGAGCCCGUCGUGGCCAGCGCACCCAUUCCAACUACCACUCCAAAAAAGACUAAUGUUCUGGAGGAUCUCAGUGAAAUCUUCAGCAGCGCCCUGGCCGAAAGCGCAACCAAAAAGGAGCAGCAGCAAGAACCAUUUCAGCUGGCUGGCAACGGCGAGCUGCUCUCCCCGCAGGUGCUCAGCUCAACAAAAAGCGACAAUAAUGGUGCUACGGCCAAUGGCAGUGGCGCUGCUGGGGAUGCGGAGGCGGAUGUCAAGCAGGUUGGGGCUCUGCGCAAAAUGCCCGAAAUCGAUAUGCUGAGCGAAAAGCUAUUUGAGCAGAUACUGCCAUCACAGGAGCGCAUGAGCACUUUUAAGCGUGAACCAGAGAAAUUAACGCUCAACGAUUUGGCGCGCGAGCGCAUUCAAGUGAAGCCAGCAGAGAAGCCAACGCCAGAGGCUGUUGAUGAUGUGCCAUUGCUGAGUGCUACACCGAGGCCGUCACAGCCACAGACACAGCCUAUGGCCCAACCUCAAGUGGAACUACAGCCCGUAAAAGAGGUGAUUGUGGAGGCGCCGCCAGCUGCUAUAAAGCAAGUGAAGCACCUUAGCGAGAUCAGCGUUGAGCUGGACAAUAUUCAGGGCAUUGGGGAGGAGCGCGUUAUGCUGGACGAUGACGAUUUGCAGCUGUGCCUCAAUAUUACGGACGAGCGGCCCAGUAGCAAUGUGUCCGUAAUUGUGAUAUCGGCCCAAAACAAGAGCCGCCAGCCCGUCAAAGACUUUCAAUUCGAGGCGAGCGUUAAAAAGCCCUGUAAGGUGCGCUUGUUGCCGCCCACGGGCACCGUAAUGCCCGGACACAAACCGUUCCGGCCUUCGCCCCCCAUCAACCAAGUGAUGCUGCUGCUGAAUCCCACCGGCAAGCCGGUGGAUGUUACCUGCAUUGUGGGCUACAGGCUAGGCGACGAUCCAGAUCCCAUCAAGGAGUCAAUUGUCGCCCAAGGCAUUCCCUAUGUGGAGUAAACAUGUCAAUUGAAUUGAAUUGCGUAUCGUUUCGUUUUGGCA